AUGGACAAUGUUCCUAAUGUCGACAACAAAGGCAUAGAGGAAAUCGACAUAAUGUUGAAGGAUGCCGCCCCAAAGCUGGACAAAAUGUGGUGGCAUUAUCCACACCUUCGCCAAUUAAAUUUAUUCUUAGCUGGUGCGAUCCUUGUUCAAGCUACCAACGGCUACGACGGUAGUAUGCUUAAUGGUCUUCAAUCCCUUGGAGCUUGGGAAAACUAUUUUAAUCACCCACAAGGCGCUAGUCUUGGAACACUAUCAAGUGGAACCACCUUUGGUGUCCUUCUUGUUCUCUUCCCUGCGUCGUACUUAUGCGACAGGUUCGGUAGACGCUGGCCGAUUAUUGCUGGUUCAAUACUCACUAUCAUUGGCGCCAUUAUUCAAAGUGUUGCUCAAAACUUUGGUAUGUUUUGGGUAGGUCGAUUUAUCAUUGGAAUGGGUCUUGGACUUAUGAACACCACCUCUCCAAUGUUACUCGCCGAGACUGCUUAUCCUACGCAGCGAUCUGUCCUUACUUCUCUCUAUGAAACAUCUUUUCCCUUCGGUGCCUUGAUUGGUGCCUUGAUUACCUUCGGAUCAUAUUACAUCAAUUCUACGUGGGCUUGGAGAUUACCUAGUCUUCUACAGUGCUUCCCUGCAUUUUUCCAAAUUGUUCUCCUUUACUUUUGCCCUGAGUCCCCAAGAUGGCUUGUGGCACACGGUAGAAUUGAAGAGGCUCGCGCUGUGCUCGUCAAAUACCAUGGUGGAGGUGAUGAAGAUUCCCUACUAGUACGUGUCGAAUUGGCUGAGAUUCGGGCUGCUUUGCAAUCAGAUACCAUCAAGAAAUCUGGAAGAUGGAGCCAAUGGUUGAAGACAAAAGGAAACCGUCACCGACUCGCCAUCAUCAUGUUCAUUCCUGUUAUGACACAGCUAUCUGGAAAUGCCGUUAUCAGUUACUAUUUGCAUUUAAUUCUCAACGGCAUCAAUAUUACCACAACCAAAGAUCAACUCGUCAUCAAUGCUACCCUAUUGGUUCUUGAACUUUUCGCAGCUGUUGCCAUCGCUUCAUAUUGCGAAAUGUUUGGUCGUCGUCGUUUCUUCAUGAUCGGUGUAGUUGGAAUGCUGGUUUGUUUCAUACCCUGGACUAUUCUAUCCGCUUUGUCACAAGAAGGCAACUUUUCCAAUCCCGGCUAUGGCAUGGGCGUUGUCGCUAUGAUCUACUUAUUCGAAAUACCCUAUCAUGUUGUUGCUCCUUUGGCCAAUCUUUUCUUGACUGAAGUGGCACCUUAUGAACUUCGUUCCAAGGCCUCGGCUAUAUUCCAACUCAUGGGUCAAAUCAUCGGACUUUUCAAUUCCUAUGUAAAUCCUAUUGCCAUGACUGCCAUCGGCUGGAAAUACUACAUUGUUUUCUGUUGUGUAAUCACAUGCGAAUUCAUUGUCGUAUAUUUCUUUUUCCCUGAAACCAAGGGACUCAGUCUUGAGGAAAUUUCUGUAAUUUUUGAAGGAGAAGCGGCUGCUGUUGGGGGUGGUGCUUUUCGCCACGGAGAUGUAGAAGAUCCUGCUGCUGGUCAACAUAAGCAAGUUUCAGAUGAAAAGUUCGGUAUGGAGGAAGACAUUAAAUCCACCUAA